GGGGUAAGGGGUAAGUGGGUGGAGCUUUCCUCUCUAUAUAAACAUCUGUAGCAUUAUUGAUUAAGCAUCACCAUCAUCAUCGUUUCUUUCUGUUUCUGUUUUUGUUUCUGUGAGAAAAGAAAUGGGCAUGAAAGGGGGUGCUGCUCUUGUUAUUUUGGUAGUAGCUUUGCGUGUGGUCUGUGGAGCAGAUAUCAGGGUGGGCGACGCCGCUGGGUGGGAUCAGGGAGUUGAUUACGAUGCCUGGGCUGCAAAACAGAGCUUUAGAAUUGGCGACUCAUUAGUAUUCAAUUAUGGUGGGAGUCAUUCAGUGGACGAGGUGAGUGAGGCAGACUACAAGACAUGUUCGUCGACCUCGGUGAUCAGAUCCCACACAGGGGGAGCCACGUCCAUUCCUCUGUCGGCGGCAGGGCCAAGGUACUUCAUCUGUCCCACUCUCGGUCACUGUGGCGGCGGCAUGAAGCUUCAGGUCAAUGUUCUCGCCGCCAACUCCACCCCAACUCCUUCGUCUCCGGCUCCGCCCAACACUCCGGCGCCGCCCCCUCCAUCUCCCACUCCCAGCGCCGCCUCCCCCUCCCCCUCCGCCUCUGCCUCCACUCGUUUCUUCAUCUUUGGAGCUUCGCUUGCCGCCCUCUUUCUGCUAUGAUCAUUCUCAAUCGGCUUGGGAAUUGGCAGUGCUUUAUAUAUAAUAUAAUAUUUCAUUCAAUAAUUACGUCUGUCUUUGUCUUUGCUUUUCCAUUUUUCUUUUUUAUUUUGCUGGAUUCGUGUUGCUUAAUGCUUAUAUUCAACCACAGAUUACAGAUUACAGAUGUUGUUUUGUGAGUAUUGUUUUGUUAUAUUAAAUUAUUCACCAAUGAAUAAAUUGUUUCUAAGCACAA